AUGGCGGUAACCUCCACCUCUUUCGCAUUGGAACACAACCUCUCUUGUCUCCAGAGAUGCACAAAAGAAGUAGAACUGAAGCAGAUCCACGCUCGGAUGCUGAAAUCUGGCUUGAUGCAGGAUCCAUAUGCAAUGACAAAGUUUCUUUCUUUCUGCAUUUCCUCCUCCAGAUUUUCGUCUUAUGCUCUGAAUGUUUUCGACGGUUUUGAUCGACCAGAUACUUUCUUGUGGAACCUAAUGAUCAGAGGAUUCUCCUGUUCAGACGAACCCGAGAUGUCUCUUCUCCUCUACAACCGUAUGCUCUCCUCUUCCUCUCCUCACAACGCCUACACAUUUCCGUUUCUUCUCAAAGCUUGUUCGAAUCUCUCUGCAUUUCAAGAAACAACGCAAAUCCACGCACAGGUCACUAAACUCGGAUACGGGAAUGAUGUAUACGCAGUGAAUUCUCUGAUUAAUUCAUACACUGUGACCGGGAACUUCGAGCUAGCUCACUGUCUCUUUGACAGAAUCUCCGAACCGGAUCUUGUCUCCUGGAACUCUGUGAUCAAAGGCUACGCAAAAGCUGGAAAGAUGGAUGUUGCGUUGACGUUAUUCAGGAAAAUGCCGGAGAAGAAGAACGUUAUCUCAUGGACUACGAUGAUCUCUGGGUAUGUUCAAGCAGGCAUGAACAAGGAAGCUCUGCAGCUGUUUCACGAAAUGCAGAACUCAGAUGUUGAGCCUGACAAUGUUACACUAGCUAAUGCUCUCUCAGCUUGUGCUCAGCUUGGGGCACUCGAGCAAGGGAAAUGGAUCCAUUCCUAUCUUGACAAAGCAAAAUUCAAAAUUGAUUCUGUUUUGGCUUGUGUUCUUAUAGAUAUGUAUGCAAAGUGCGGUGACAUGGAAGAAGCUUUGGGAGUUUUCAAGAGUGUGAAGAAAAGAUCAGUGCAAGUAUGGACAGCUUUGAUUUCGGGAUAUGCGUGCCAUGGACAUGGGAGAGAAGCAAUAAGCAGAUUCAUGGAGAUGCAAAAGGUGGGAAUCAAGCCGAAUGCGAUUACUUUCACUGCGGUUCUCACAGCUUGCAGCUAUACAGGACUAGUUGAAGAAGGUAAGUCGCUAUUCUACACCAUGGAGAGAGAUUACAACCUGAAACCGACGAUCGAGCAUUAUGGCUGCAUGGUUGAUUUACUCGGUCGAGCUGGAUUGCUUGAUGAAGCAAAACGUUUCAUUCAGAAAAUGCCUAUGGAGCCAAACGCUGUGAUAUGGGGUUCGUUGCUCAAAGCCUGCCAUAUUCACAAGAACAUUGAAUUAGGAGAGGAAGUUGGAGAAAUCUUGAUUGAAAUGGAUCCAUCUCAUGGUGGGAGAUAUGUUCAUAUGGCAAAUAUUCAUGCCAUGGGGAAAAAGUGGGACAAAGCAGCGGAAACAAGAAGAUUGAUGAAAGAACAAGGAGUUGCUAAAGUUCCAGGUUGUAGUACAAUUUGCUUGGAAGGGACCACACACGAGUUUCUAGCAGGAGACAGAUCACACGCGGAGAUUGAGAAAAUUCGAGCUAAAUGGAAAAUCGUGAGAAGGAAACUUGAAGAUAACGGGUACGUACCAGAAUUGGAAGAUACUGUGCUUGAUCUAGCUGAUGAUGAGGAAAGAGAGGCUAUUGUGCACCAGCACAGCGAGAAACUGGCUAUUACGUAUGGGCUAAUGAAGACUAAACCGGGAACAAGUAUUCGUAUAAUGAAGAAUCUCCGAGUAUGCAAAGACUGUCACAGAGUAACGAAACUCAUCUCAAAGAUAUACAAGAGAGACAUCGUAAUGAGAGAUAGGACAAGGUUCCAUCAUUUCAGUGAUGGGAAAUGCACUUGUGGGGACUACUGGUGA